AUGCCAGCACAGAAUGCGCCCGCUCCUGCGGGGGGUGGUAACGCCCCGGCCGCGGAAGAAUCGCCUAUGCGUCGUGUAUGGAGCGUUUUGCAGCAAGUGAUCAUGUUCUACGCCAUUUCUCAAAUCGCCUCGAAGUUCCUUGGGGCAAACAAGCAGCCACAACAGGCGGCGCAGCAGGCGGCGCAAGUCGCACCCGCCCCAGGGCAGGAGGGCGGCGUCCCGCAGGCGCAGGUGCCCGCGGUGCCAGCGCAGGCGGUGCCGGCGUGGCCUCUGGCGCUGCCCCUCGCCAUGCACGUGCAUUUGACGACGUCGCCGACCGGGGACGUGUUCUCGCGCAGGUGGACGAAGGGCUACCGCGAGGACACGGACAAGGACCUGCCGAGUCUCGUGUGGAGCAACAUCACGUUUGGAGACUGGAACGAGAAGCGGGUGAACGAGUUCGAAAUCAAGAUCCCCCUUAGCGUACAAAACAACGGCACGCUUUGGGCGGACGUGUUUCUGGUGCGCGACGGGGCGAGCCCGGACCCGUCGGACGCCAACUUUGACCCGCGGUCGGUUCACCACGUCCGUGCACCACUUACGAAGUAUCUCCCGAAGACGAAAGUGCGAAAGGAAAAGAACCUCCUAAAGGGUCCCGCUGAAGGCGAAGCGGCUGAGGAAGAACAGCCUGAUGUCAUUGUCUCUCACUGGCAUCCUAAUAUGACGUUGGCACUGAUCUCAGAUAACCCAGUUAUUCCCCUCCAACAGGUCCAAGCCACCUCAGCGCGCUACAUUGAACUCACCCCAGAGCGGGACCCGAGCGGACACCCAUACUACAGGCCCAUCAUCUUUCCGAACGAAUUCUGGCAUCUGCGCUCGCAGUAUGUUGAAAUCAAUUCCACAACGCCCGUCCUGCCGCUCCAGAUCGAGUUCCAGCCAAUGUCGUACUGGAAGUUCACCAUCUUUGCGUCCUUAACUCAAAGCUUCGCGGAGGCGGCCAAGCAGCAGGGCGCGAAUUCGGCGUCUGAGCUCGACGAAGUCAAGAGGAUGCUUACGGAGACGAAUCCGUACUUCCUCGCGGUGACUGGAAUCGUCAGCGUGCUUCACGUGCUCUUCGAAUUCCUCGCAUUCAGCUCCGAUGUGUCUCACUGGAGGCACAAGCAAGAGCUCGUUGGCGUCUCCAUUGUUAUGAACGUCUUCGUGCAGCUGGUCGUCCUUCUGUAUCUCAUCGACAACAACCAAGACACGAGUUGGAUGAUUCUAAUGGGCUCUGGGAUUGGAGUUGUCAUUGAAGCGUGGAAGAUCACAAAAGCAGUAGACAUUAAGAUAGCCCCGGCCCCAGCUGGGUCUCUGCUGCCAUACAGUAUACAAAUCAAGGACAAGCACGUCUUGAGUGAGGACGAAAAGAAGACUCAAGAAUAUGAUAAACUUGCGUUCCGCAUAGUAUCCUACUUCACGAUACCCUGUCUAGCCAUCUACUCGGUCUAUUCCCUCCUCUACGAGACUCACAGGGGAUGGUACUCGUUCGUAAUCUCAACACUAACCUCAUUCGUAUACAUGUUUGGCUUCGCGCAACUCAUCCCUCAACUCAUCAUCAACUACAAGCUCAAGAGCGUAGCACAUAUGCCGAUGAAGGCUAUGGUUUACAAGACGCUGUCUACGGUCGUGGAUGACCUCUUCGCAUUCUGCAUCAAGAUGCCGAUUCUGCACCGUCUGGCAUGUUUCCGGGACGAUGUCGUCUUCCUCGUGUUCUUGUACCAGCGAUGGAUUUACCGCAUCGACCCCAAGCGAGUGAACGAGUACGGUCAGGUGAUGGGGUCCGGCGUGGACGUGGUCGAGGGGGACAAGAAGACUGAAUCGAAGAAGGAUCGGUGA